UACCACCGAUGAGAUGAGAGUUACUAAUAAUCAAUCCCUUGACUUUAUUAUGUACACACGCUCUGUCACAGUAUCCUCACCAUCCUCAUCUUCCAUAACAACAAUUAGGAUUUCAGAAUUCUCACACUUUGCUAAAUGACCAAACAUUACUGUCCCAUGAAUCUCAAAAAUGCCACCAAACACCAUACAUGAAGGACCAGUAAGUACCAACAUUCAUCUCAGAAACAGAGCUUUUCCUAUCAGAUGGGUAAGAAAGGAAGCAGUUGGUUCUCAUCUGUGAAGAAAGUUUUCAAGUCUUCUUCUAAGGACUCAACUUUACAAGAGAACAAGAAGGAAAAGGAAGAGAAUUGGCAGCAUGAAGCAGCAGAGGAGGUAUCUAUGGAGCAUUUUCCUGCAUAUAGUUCACCAGAUAUCACCAAUGAAGGAAGCACCACAUCAACACCCUUAACAGAAGAGAGAAAUCAUGCAAUUGCCUAUGCUGCAGCAACAGCAGCAGCAGCUGAAGCUGCAGUGGCUGCGGCUCAAGCAGCUGCUAGAGUUGUGAGAUUGGCAGGUCAUGGACGUAACUCUAAGGUCGAAAAAGCAGCAAUACUAAUUCAAUCCUACUAUAGAGGAUACCUAGCUCGACGUGCACUGCGUGCUUUGAAGGGAUUAGUGAGAUUGCAGGCACUUGUGAGAGGACAUAAUGUGCGGAAGCAAGCACAGAUGACCAUGCGUUGCAUGCAAGCAUUGGUAAGGGUUCAGGCAAGAGUAAGAGCUCGCAGACUCCAAUUGACUCAUGGCAAACACGAGAGGACAGUAGUGGAACAACAUCCUACGACAAAGUUAGACACAAAUGGUUGGGACUAUAGGCGUCAAAGUAGCCAGAAAAUUAAGGACACUGAUUUCAGGAAACAUGGAACUACAAUGAAUAAGGAGAAAGCUCUUCCAUACGCUUUCAACUGCCAGCAACUGCAGAAGCAAUAUUUGCACAUAGACCCAAAUGUUGAUGAUAGUGAAAGUUACAGCAAUGAGCGUGAAAGAGCCCAAUUGGAUUGGAACUGGUUGGAACGUUGGAUGUUAUCACAAUCAAACAAUGUUAGGCCCUUAGGGUUGGGGCCACUUGAGACCCCACCAUAUACACCCACUGAUGACAUGUCUGAAGAAAAAACAGUUGAAAUGGACAUGGUUGCACCACGAGACUCAAUCCAUGCAAACAUGGGCCUCAUGAACCAAGAAUUUCGUGAUUUAAGUCCAAUCUCUAAACACCACCAACGACACCACAGUGGAGGUGUACCUAGCUAUAUGGCCCCAACACAGUCUGCAAAGGCCAAGAUUAAAAGUCAAGGCCCAUCAAAGCAUCGGGCGUCGUUUGGGUCUUAUUGGAGCUUGUCAGCACGGAGUCCUCCUACUGGGCUGGGCUAUGAUUCAUCUGGCUCUGGUGGGGCCACUGCUGCUCAUCCAAUUACAAGAAGCCCAAGCCCAAAAAUUAACGGGAUUCGCCUUCAAUCUAAACGGAUAUUGGGUGCUGGUGUUGAGGAUUGGCCCAUUCCCCCUGGAGGUCAUGGCUGGACAAGAUUUGAUUGAUUUAGUGCCUGUUUUUUCACAGUGGAUCAAUAGUGGACGUACGUCUGAACAGAUGCUGCAAUUUGUAUCUGUAGCUUCUGUAUUUUCGCGUUCGAAGGUGCUUAAAGGCAUGAUGGCGGUAGUCAAACGCCAAAACAAACACAUACUUAUUUAUUUUAUAGACCUCCUUAUAAUUAUACUAGCAUGUAUCAAUGGGAAUGUAUUUGUAAUAGUUUAAUUAUUACUAUUUAAGGACAGUAUAAUGUGGAUGAAAUUGUAUAAUCCCUCCCCAAAAACGAAUAUUAGGAAUCCUGAUUCAUGUUAUGUG